UUAGUUAUAGCAAAAAUGCAAACAAUAUGAAAGUACAAAGAAGAAAGUUACCGCUAGGUUUGCAUUUCAAUUGUGCCAUUUAAAGGUUGAGUGAGGCAACCUCUCUGAAUCUCAGUUUUAUCAUGUGUAGAGUGAAUAUGACAAUAAUGCCUUUUUGAGUUGAUGCGGGAAUUAAGAGAAGAUGUAUUUGAAAUGUUCUGCAUGGUGUCUAGCAUAUAGCAAGCAUCAAAACUGGUUGCAGAAGUAGUUAUUAUUAUCUUUUUGUUACCUGACUUUAAGGGCUAUUGCUAUAAACUACUAACAUGAGUACUUUAAAAAGAUAUCAAAUAUAGUGUUCUUUUCUAAGUUCUUAGUUAUUCUCAGGUAUCUGAGAUAGAAUUGUGGGCUUUCCUUGAAAUAAACUAAAUCAGCACUGAUAUAUACUGCGAAAAUUCCUAGGUUGAACUGUAAUCCUUUAAUUAAAAAGUCUCUGGGUAAGUGGAAAUCUAGGGAGAACUAUUGUUCCUAAAUGAUGUUUGGUGAUCAAUGCUCCAAAGAAUUGGAUUAAUAUUUUUACAGAAUAUUGUUGUAGUCGGUAACUAUUUCUAUUUCCAGGCAUUUUUAGAUGAAUUCACUAAAUGGUCAAGAGGAAAUCCUGACAAGGACAGGAUUCUCAUGGCUGGAGAUGGCCAAGGAAUCUUCAAGACUGUCUCCAACCCUGGGUUCACAGCAUAUGAAAUGAAAAUUGGUGCAGUUACUUUCCAGAUUGCUACUGGAGAUAUUACCAAAGAAAAGGCAGAUGUGAUUGUAAACUCAACAACAAGGACAUUUAAUCUGAAAUCAGGGGUGUCAAAAGCAGUUUUGGAAGGUGCCGGACCAGCUGUGGAAAGUGAAUGUGCUGUACGAGCUGUACAGCCUCACAGAGAUUUUAUAAUUACACAAGGUGGAUACUUAAUGUGCAAGAUAAUAAUUCAUGUUCUUGGGGAAAAUGAUGUCAGAAAAACGGUUUCCACUGUUCUGGAAGAGUGUGAGCAGAGGAAGUACACUUCUGUUGCCUUUCCAGCCAUCGGAACAGGCAACGCCAGAAAAAACCCAGUCAUAGUUGCUGAUGACAUGAUCAGUGCUAUUGUAGACUUCGCCUGGAAACAUUCCACCCCAUCAUUAAAAAAAGUUAAAGUUGUCAUCUUUCUGUCUGAACUGCUAAAUGUAUUCUAUGACAACAUGAAAAAGAGAGAAAAUUCUGCAUCACCCGUCUUUCAGUCCACAUUCUUCGAGAAUGCAUAUAAUAUUCCUGAACACUGGACUGACAUGAAUCAGCAGCUGUCCUGUGUGAUCGAACUACAACCCGGACAGUCAGAAUACGACACCGUAAAGGACAAGUUCUCUGAGACUUGUCUUUCCUACAAAAUAGAGAAGAUAGAGAGGAUACAGAAUAUAUGGCUCUGGAAGAGCUACCAGAUAAAGAAAAAGCAUAUGGACAUCAAGAAUGGCCAUACAGAUAAUGAGAGAGUCCUAUAUCAUGGGACAGCUGCAGACUCAGUGCCAUAUGUCAAUCAGCAUGGCUUCAAUCGCAGUUAUGCUGGGAAGAACGCUGCAGCCUAUGGAAAGGGAACUUAUUUUGCUAUUGAUGCCAGUUAUUCUGCUAAUGAUAAGUACUCCAGACCAGACAGCAAUGGGAGAAAGCAUAUUUAUGUUGUGCGAGUACUUACCGGAGUCUACACACUUGGAUAUGCAGGAUUAGUUACCCCUCCAUCAAAGAAUCCUCACAAUCCCACAGAUCUGUUUGACUCUGUCACAGACAAUGUACAACAUCCAAGCCUAUUUGUGGUGUUCUCUGAUAAUCAGGCUUACCCAGAAUAUCUCAUAACUUUCAGGUGUUGAAAAAUAGGGGUUGGUUUUUUUUUUUUUAAUCUCAAAGAGAUGAUUUAGUCGUCUAUUCAUAAAAACAAUUUAUAGGGGUUUUGUCUUUGCCUUUGGCCUGUUUUUAUAGAUAAAAAUCUGUCAGGUGCUAAAAUGCUGAAAACAGCCUUUUAAAAAUGCUCUAUUGAAAUUUGUAGCAUACCUCUCUUCAGAGCACAUUGACGGGUGGAAGCUAAGAAAUGUAGAUGACACAAUUAUAGCUACAGCUAUUUACAGACAGCAAGUCUGUAGGAAAACAAAGAGCACAUUACUUUUUUCUAGCAGAGAAGACAUAAGAUGAAUCACUUUAAAACCAAGCUGUUGUCCUUACAGAACAUGUUAAGACAUCAAACUGUGUUGAGCUCAACUGUACUAUUAAAUGAAUAGGCUGCUGUUGUGCAUCUGUAAUAACUGUGAAUUUUGCCUCCUUAAGAAUACUUAUUAGCAAUAGCUCAGCUUUUAAUGACAGAAUCAAAGAGUAUUACCUCAAAUCUGUUGUGGAACAAAUCAGGCAAAAAUGUGUUGUACCAUUAUCUAAUGCUACAUAACAAAUUACUACAAAAUUUAGUGGCUUUUUGGGUAAGGAAUUCAGGCAUGGCUUAGCUGGGUCAUUCUAACUUAGGGUCUCUUGACUCAGGAAGUUGAGUCAAGAUGUUGGCAGGGGAUCUGAAGGCUUGACUGGGGCUGGAAGAUCUGCUUCUAUGGUGAAUCUCUCAAAUAGCUAGACAGCUUUUGCUGGUUGUUGGCAGGAGUCCUCUCCUCUCUAGACUGCUUGCAGCUGGCUUACUCUACAGUCAGCAAUUCAGGAGAGAGAAAAGAAGAAGCCAUGAUACCUUUUAUGAUCUAGCCUCUGAAGUCAUACUCCAUCUUUUCUACAGUAACCUAUUGGUUACAUAGAUCAGCUCAUUCAGUGUAAGAGGGAAUUACUCAAGGGUAUGGACACCAGUAGGCAGGGAUCAUUGGGGACCAUCUUAGAGGCUGGAUAAAUGAGUGAAUGACUAAUACUUUGAUAAAAUGUUAGCAGUGAAAAGGACUCUAGAGGCCAUCUAGGCCCACUGUCCUCUCAUCUUUCUCUCUCACCUUCUCCUACUCCCAGGGCCAAAAGGCCUUUAGCCUCUGCUUGACUGCUUCUAACACUCCACAUCUUAAGGAUAUUCCAUUUGAGACAGUUCUAAUUAUUGGAAAACUCUUGUUUACAUUGAAUUGAUAUCUGUUCUUUUGAAUCUAUUGCCUGCUAAUCACUGUUCCACCUUCUGGAGGACGCAGUACAUAUCUCAUUCUUUUUUACAGAUGGUGGCCCUUCAGAUUCAUCUCUUCCUUCUAUUGGAGUUAGGCAAAUUCUUGAAAUGUUUAGCAGCUUAUUUAUCCUGAAGCAUCAUUUUUUAAGAGUUGAAGACUUUUAAGAUGGGUUUAUAUCAUAAAUAAGCACAUGCACAUUAAAAAGAGUGGCGUAUAAAGAAAACAGCACUCUUCACCAUACUCUAUCACCCAUAACUGCAACAUUCAGAGGAAACCACUGCCAACGUUCUUAUGCAUUCCCUUCUAGUUUCUUCUACAUCCACCUUCAACAAAGUCAAAAUCACACUUUAUUCAAUUACUUAAUUAUACAAUAUUGCAUCUACCUUUUUUCAUUUAACAUUGUAUUACUCUCAUGUUAUUAAUUUUUACUAUAAACAUAAUCUUAAUCGCCAAGUUAUUCCACUAUAUAUUUUCCUUCUAUGUAUAUAUAAUUAUAAAGUCUUAAAAUGUCAUAGUCUUCCCUUAUAGUUUAAUAAUCCAGUUUUUCUUUUGUAAUAUAUCUGUAUUAUUUCCCCCAUGUCAUUAAAUAUCUUACAUAUAAUUUU